AUGGCCAUGACAACCAGUGAGCUGCAGGCGGAGAUCGAGGCCACCAAACUGAGGCUGCAGGCGGCACGGACACGGUCUCAGGAAAUUGAUGACGAGAUUGAUCGCGCUACAGAGCGGCAGCGGCUGCGACGGGAGCUAGAAGAGCUGAAGGCGGAGCUGCUCGAGCAGGAGGAUCUGAACGGUUCGGACGAAGCAUACAAAGGAGAUAUCGAUGCAGACGAAUCUGGACAGUUUGUUUGUUCUUCAGAAGCUUGCAGCCGUCAGCCGGUCCAGGGUCAGCGCAAGAACGGUGUGGUGCGUGCAUCCGGUGAUGCCUGCACCAACUUUGGCCACCAAAUCUUGGAAGGAGAGUUCACAUGGAAGCUUCUUCCGAUGUCUUGGCUUCGAACAGCGCUUCGCCAUGAACGGACUUCUGUCGCGAAUUCCACCGUCUUUUUCGUGGGCGGGUUCGCAUUCUGCUUCGUCUACAGUCCCUCUGGAGGCCCCGUCAUGAACUCGACCGAUGAUGGCAAGAGACGUUGUGGUUCCCUUGCCAUACGCGCCUAUGACUGUGCAGAGCCCAUGGCGCUGCGCUAUGGCAUUUUUGCCAAGAACAGCACAGGUGACUUCGUCCAGUGGGGUGCUACACAGGAUGAGAUCCACCCGGCACAUGAACUCAGAGCCUAUGGCCCAGAUGUGCAUGCGGAGGGAUCUCCCCCACAGGCGAUCGGAAUCUUUGGCCUGACUCAUGAACAGCUUCUGCAAUCAGAGUGGGUGCAGGACGACACUUUGACAUUGAAGCUGGUUUUGGAAGUCCGUCUUUUGGGAGUCCAAGUUACGUCCCAGCGCUCUGAGAGAGAGGCGGUGGACAUUCCAAAGCCGACCCUGCAUCGUGACGUGCAAACUCUCUUCGAGGAGUCCACUUCGAGGGUCAUCAUGGUUGAGGACUGCGCUGCGGAUACCUUCAAGGCCUUUUUGAGGUAUCUCUACACGGACAACCUUCCCACUGUCGAGGAUCUAGCGAAGCCAUCGAGCCAAGCUGUGAAGAAAGAUGGCAGUCCGCCUCUGACACAGAUGGAGGCAUUGUGGGCGGUCAGUCACAAGUACCAGGUACAGCGGCUCCAGCGGUGGUGCGAAGCGCAGCUUUGCAACCAGCUCAGCGCCGAGCAGGUCUGCUGCAUCCUCCGCCAGGCGCACGUUUUCGAGGCCGCGCAGCUCGAGAAGGCUUGUCUCUCCUACAUCAAAGACAACUCUGCGCAGGUGCUCAAACUUCAGGCCUACAGUGAUCUCAUCAGCAAAUGGCCUGAAGUUGCGUUGAAGAUUCACCUCUUCACGGCCGGUGUGCCAGAAGCCGAGGCAGCUGCAAUCGUGCAGGCCCGCAAGGUCCGAAGGUUGAAUGAUGGUGUGGAGAGAACUUCAUAG